CAUCAACUUCAUUGCUCACCAGCAAGCAUGGCUAGUUUCAGAGUUGUUUGCUCUCUGGCCUUGCUCUUGCUUACGAUUCCGGCUUCUCGAGCAGUGCUGGAUUCGCAUUACUACGAUCAAACAUGUCCACAGGCUGAGGCCAUCAUCUCGCAGACAGUUCGCAAUGCCUCCAUCUAUGAUCCCAAAGUCCCCGCUCGUCUCCUCAGGAUGUUCUUCCAUGAUUGUUUCAUAAGGGGUUGUGAUGCAUCUAUCCUGCUCGACGCUACUCCUGGAAACCAAGCCGAAAAAGAUGGCCCUCCCAAUGUCUCGGUCCGAUCGUUCUACGUGAUCGAUGACGCCAAAGCAAAGCUCGAAAUGGCAUGUCCACAGAUGGUUUCUUGUGCAGAUGUUAUAGCUAUCGCAGCUAGAGAUGUAGUAGCCAUGUCUGGAGGGCCUAGCUGGAACGUUCUAAAAGGAAGGAAAGACGGAACGGUGUCGAAAGCCAGCGACACAAUCAACCUACCAGCUCCAUCUUUCAAUGUGUCUCAACUCAUCCAGGGAUUUGCCAAGAGAGGCUUAGGAGUCAAGGACUUGGUCGCCUUGUCUGGAGGCCACACCCUAGGGUUUUCACACUGCUCUUCUUUCCAAAAACGCCUUCGCAACUUCAGCUCGAUGCACGACAUCGACCCCACCAUGAAUCUCCAGUUGGCAGAUGCGUUGAGGAAGAUAUGUCCGAAGGGCAACACCAACCCCAGUGCAGGAACAUUCCUGGACUCGACCUCAUCAAUCUUCGAUAACGAGUAUUUCAGACAACUCACUCAGGGGAAAGGUGUAUUCGGGUCAGACCAGGCGUUGUUUAUUGAUGACAGGACCAAGUCUAUCGUCGAAGCCUUUGCCAAGGAUCAGAGUUUGUUCUUUGGUGAGUUUGCAGCUUCAAUGGUGAAGCUUGGGAAUGUGGGAGUGAUUGAGAAGGGAGAGGUUAGGCUCAAAUGCCAUUCUGCCAACUGAGAUUAAAUUGAGCUACUUCUA